CUCCCACCCCUCGACGUUUCUUUUCCUGCUUUUUUUCGUGCUCUGUUUAACUUCGAUGCUGGCUCAAAUGAUCGCGCACUUUUGGAAAUGAAGAAAACUUUUCCCUGUAGGUUGCUCAAGUUUGUCGCCGUUUGCGCUCUGCUCGUUCUGUCUCUCCAGGUUUUUCUCAGUAAAGUGAAGCUGAACAAACCGUCAAAGCCCAGUCCUGUUCCUGCGGACCAGUACAGGCUUAUCUCUCCUGACACCUACAGGUACAUUCUGAACCAGCCGGAAGCAUGCAGAAACAGAAGCCCCUUCCUGGUCUUGAUGGUCCCAGCCGGACCAGUGGAGGCUGCAGCCAGACAUGCAAUCAGGAGAACGUGGGGUUCUGCAGGAUCGAGCACCCUGACCCUGUUCUAUCUGGGCCUCCCUGCUGAGGGGGACUCGAGCAUCCAAACCGAGUUGGAGGCAGAGAGUUCAAAGCAUGCAGACAUCAUCCAGAUGGACUUCAAGGACAACUACAAAAACCUGACAGUCAAAACCAUGAUGAUGAUGAGCUGGUUGUCCACCUACUGUCCACAUGCAUCGUAUGCCAUGAAGGUGGAUGCUGACAACUUUGUCAACGUGUUCUACCUCCUCAAGAGACUGAGCAGCUCUCCCCGGCAGGACUUCAUCACCGGCUCGGUCAUAAAUGACGGGAGACCCCGGAGGAACCGAAACAGCAAGUGGUUCCUAUCGGAGGAUGAUUAUCCUGAGGACAGCUUCCCCCCGUACGUCGCCGGGGCCGGAUACAUCUUCUCUAGCGACCUGGCCGCCAAGAUCUCCUGGGCCUCAAGGUUCAUCCGAAUAAUCCCCUUGGAGGAUGUCUAUGUGGGUUUGUGUCUGCGCGUGCUGGCCGUGCGGCCUGUUUACUCCAGAAUCCUGAUCCUGCUCAGGAACCUCUUUGAAAUCACCAAACUGGAGUACAACAGAUGCAUCUUCGCCAAGCGGAUUCUGGUCAACGGAUUCACGCCGUUGGAGCUGCUUUAUAUUUGGGAGGAUUUCAGUUGUAGUUAUACUACUUGCUGAGAACAACGCCUUACUACUAAGUGCUUUUCACUACAAAAAUGCAUUAAAAAAAGAAAAAAAGAGACAGUUUUAAGGAAUACAGCCAAGUACACCCAAAGUACCAAGUACCUUAAUAGAGGUAAUACAAACUAAAAAAGAAAAAAAAAGUAUGGUUUGUGCAGGUCUUCCUCAAAGUGAAUUGAAUUGUAAAAAUUCUGUUCCAGAUCUUGAUGGUAAAAACAGUUCAUUUUUCAGUCGGUUUUUUCGGCUCUCUUUGGUUGGUUGGUUCUCUAUUUUCUUGCACUUAUAGAUUCAUUCUUCACAGGGUGCUUUUGCAAAAACAAUCACUGUUUCAGAUCUGAUCAUUUACAGUUUGUAAAGGAAAAGUAACACUUAGCGUGUAUGCCAUUUUGUUGUUUAUCCAAUGUCAAAGUGUGUAUAAAUCUCUGGUCAAAGAAUCGGUCAACUUAAAAAUUGAACAUUCGUCAGUAUCUGGAAAACUAAUUGGUUGCUUAAUUUUUUUGAGUAAUUCCGUUAGCAGAUGAGCUAGAUGUAAGUAAAAACUAAACUUUAUCUCAGCUUUUUAAUUUUUGUAGUCAUACAGUCAAAAUGCUAGUUGCACAGAGGAAAGAGAAAAACAGUUUUUGGUCUUUUUAAGCGAUAUUCUUAUUUUGUUGGCACCACAGCAUUUUUAUUCAGUAUGAUGGAAUUUGACAUCAAGAACACACUGGAAACUAAGACUUGGGCCAGGUUUCAUAAAGCAGCCUAAUCUUGUUUAGUUGAAUAAAUUCACUUAGUUGACUAAUUUUUUGACGUUAGUUGUUGCACAAAGCGCUUAGUCGGCUAAAUUUUCACAUUAGCCGGCUGAAGUUUUUAGCCUGGUACAGAGGAGGCUAAUCUUAUUUUAGUCAACAAAACUUCAGUGUCUUAUCUCAAAAAUGGCGGCUGUCAUGUACUACCACUUGAUGGAACACUCAAGAGCACCCCUACGUCGCUUGUAUUCCUUCAAAAGGAGAGCAUCCUCUGUUUUGGUUGUCUGCUACAAACAUGGCCAAGUCCACCACACAAGAGGAGAAGUGCUCCUGGCUGGCACCCAUAAACAUCUCCAAUGGAUAAUUUCUAUCCCGGAACACCCACUCCCGCCACAAGGUUCUCCUUCCUUCUUGCUCCAUCAAGUGGUGGUGCAUGAUAGCCGCCAUUUUUGAGGUAAGACACUGAAGUUUUGUCAAAUAAGAUUAACCUUCUCUGCAGCAGGUUAAAAAUUUUAAUCAGCUAACGUGAAACUUUAGCAGACUAAACGUUUGUGCAAUGACUAACGUCAAAAGAUUAGUCAACUAAGUGAGUUUAGUCGACUAAACAAGAUUAGACUGCUGUAUGAAACCGGGCCCUAAUCAUAUUAUUUGAGCAAGCUAAUACACACCAUGUGUCUGGUAGCUAAAAAUAUCAGGUAGACACUGAAGUCAUGUAUCAACAAAAAAAAAUAUUAUUGUAGCAAUCGUUUCAGGAUACUAAGACAUAACCUGUUUCUGUUGCUGGCCCUUUAAGUGUAAAUGACCUGCCUCAUGCCUACAAUAUCUUAAUGUGGGUGUGGCCUACAGAGCGUGUACUCCAGAUACGGACUUGUGUUAUUUAUGUCACAUAUGUGUAAAAUCAGCUGUUUGAUGCUUGUGUUUUGCUUAUAGCAGGUUAAUUCCUACAUGUGCAAUCAUGGAAUUGUAGCACGUCUGAGAUUGUAACACUAAAAAACCAGCCAUAUGUAACUUUAAAG